UCCACACUCGCUAAAGCCAUUCAUGAAGCUAGACAACAACGAUGGCAGUGAUGGUAUCUGUAACAUUGAUACUUGUGGCCAUUUUAAUUUUGGUGUUGAUUCACGUUUGCAUAGUUGUAAGAGCAUUGAGAAGAGGGUUUGAAAAUGAGAUUACAUCCAACAAUGGAGAUGCAAGUAUGUGUAGAGAUGACUUGGAGAAGCUUCCUUGCUUUGAAUUCAUGGCUAUGGAGGAAAGAAAUGGCAGCCCUGUGGAUUGUGCGGUUUGCUUGGGGAAGUUUGAGAUGGGGGACAAGUGUAGAAUGUUGCCUCUUUGCAAGCAUAGCUUCCAUGCUCGUUGUGUGGAUGAGUGGCUUUUGGUCACUCCUAUUUGCCCUAUUUGUCGGACCAAUACUCUUGAGUCGCUCAAGGGUUGCGGUGGCCGAGAAGGCAAUGUCGUCUUAGUGACUCCAACUUCAAGUUGAGAAAGAAAUAUUAACAUGAAGUUAACCGGAGCUAGUUCAACGGUAAUUGAUAUUUACUCUUUAUUUUUUAAGU